CUCUUCACAUAUCCAUACGGACGCACACCCCGAACGCUUAGCCACAUAACCAAGCAACAAAACUGCAGAGAAAGCAACGCAGAAACAGAGUGCUCUCCCAUGAGAGCAUCUCUCUCUCUCUUUCUCUCUCUCUCAACUUGUGUGUGAACUUGUGAGCAGAGAAUUGGGAAUCCGAACGGCGAGACGCGAGCGCUGAAGAGCUCUUCCCCGGAUUGGAUUCCGCCCUCUUGAUUCACCGUCGUGAAUCGAAAUGUGCAACCCGAGCGCCACCAUGCCCGCGACCAAGAAGCCCGCGCAACCGCCGCGGGCCCAUCUCUUCCUCGACCUCCUAUCCGUCCCCGCCGCCGCCGCCGCGGCGAAGCAGGAGACCCCGGGGCCCGACGAGGCCGCCGCCGCCGCCUCGGACUUCGCGGCGGAGGCCAGGUCCCUGUUCGCGCUCGCCCUCCCCAUCGCCCUGACGGCGCUCAUCCUCUACUCCCGCUCCGUACUGUCCAUGGUGUUCCUCGGCCGGCUCGGGGACACGGAGCUCGCCGCCGGGUCGCUCGCCAUCGCCUUCGCCAACAUCACGGGCUACUCGGUGCUCUCCGGCCUGGCCCUCGGCAUGGAGCCGCUCUGCUCGCAGGCGUUCGGGGCCCGCCGCCCGAAGCUGCUCGCCGUCACCCUCCACCGCUCCGUGGUCUUCCUCCUCGCCUGCUCCCUCCCCAUCUCCCUCCUCUGGCUCAACAUGCAGAGGGUCCUCCUCUACUUGCGCCAGGACCCAGACAUCACCCGCAUUGCCCACACGUAUCUCCUCUUCUCUCUCCCCGACCUCCUCACCAACUCCUUCCUCCACCCAAUCCGCAUUUACCUCCGCGCUCAGGGCAUCACCCACCCCCUCACGUUAGCCUCCCUCCUCGGCACCAUCUUCCACGUCCCCGUCAACCUCCUCCUCGUCCGCCACCUCCGCCUCGGCGUGGCCGGCGUCGCCGCCGGGUCGGCCGCCUCGAACGCGAUCGCCCUCGUCGCGCUCGUGGUUUACGUGUGGGCGGCCCGGCUGCACGAGCAGACGUGGAGGAGCCCCGGCUGGGACUGCUUCGCCGGGUGGCGGCCGCUGCUCCGCCUCGCCGGGCCGAGCUGCGUCUCGGUCUGCCUCGAAUGGUGGUGGUACGAGAUCAUGAUCGUGCUGUGCGGGCUGCUGGCGGACCCGAAGUCGGCCGUGGCCGCCAUGGGGAUCCUGAUCCAGACCACCUCGCUGCUCUACGUGUUCCCCUCCUCGCUCGGCUUCGCCGUGUCCACCCGCGUCGGGAACGGGCUCGGCGCGGGCCGGCCGGGCGGGGCGCGGCUCUCCGCCGCGGUGGGGGCCAUCGCGGCGGGGAUGGGCUUGUGCGCGGCGGCCUUCUCGUGGUCCAUGCGGGACGCGUGGGGGCGCAUGUUCACGCGGGACGAGGCGAUCCUGCGGCUGGUGUCGGCGGCGCUGCCGAUCCUCGGGCUGUGCGAGCUCGGCAACUGCCCGCAGACCGUCGGGUGCGGGGUGCUGCGGGGGAGCGCGCGGCCCGCCACGGCGGCGAACGUGAACCUGGGCGCCUUCUACCUGGUGGGUAUGCCGGUGGCGGUCGGGCUCGGGUUCGGGCUCGGAGUCGGGUUCUGCGGGCUCUGGGUGGGGCUCCUCUCGGCCCAGGUUUGCUGCGCGGGGCUCAUGUUGUAUGUGGUGGGGACCACCGACUGGGAUUUCCAGGCUAAGCGGGCCCAGAUGCUGACGUGUAACGGGCGUAGCCUCGACGACGAAGAAGCAGACGAAAAGCAGCCGUUGAUUUGCGUCGUGGUGACCCCGUCGUGAUGAUGAUCACCGUAGGAUGUGAAGAAAGUUAGUAACUCCCCUUUUUUUUUUUUUUCUUUUCUUGUUUAAUGUAGCUUCUUCUUCUUUUUCUCUCUCUCUUCAUUUUUUUUUCUUUUGUAUUUUCUUUUGUCUACAUUUUAGAUUCUCUUUGAUUUUUUUUUUGGUGGGGUAUUGAAUUUUUUUUUUCUGUUCUGGGGGGGAUUAAAAGAGGAGAGGUGGGUAAUCUAAAAGAGCGGAAAUUUUUGGUUCAUGGUCAGCCUUUCUUGCUCUACCCAGAAAAAAAAAGAAAAUCAACUUUUUUUUGGCCAUCAUCAAUUUGAUGUUCACCUGUGUAUUUAUGUAUUUAUCUCUAUCUUCUCAAA